AUGACUGGGCCGCCCGACGACAGCGGGCGAUAUAAGCUGGCAACGGUGCCGAAUGCGAUUUGUGUUGCUCGAAUCGCGUGCACGCCGAUCAUUGGCUAUCUCGUUUGUCAGAAUCAAUUCACACCCGCGUUUGUCUUGUUCACCGGCGCCGCACUAUCAGAUAUUCUUGACGGCUGGAUUGCGCGGAAUAUCCGAGGACAAGCUUCACUUCUUGGAUCGGUCUUGGACCCGAUCGCCGACAAAUUGCUAGUAUCGACAAUGUUCAUCACGAUGACAUAUUCGGGAUUGAUUCCGCUGCCACUGACGGUUGUCGUCCUAUUAAGGGAUGUGCUGUUGAUCGUUGGCGGAUUCUACAAGCGCUAUCAGACGAUGGAGCCGCCGUAUUCGCUGAAUCGCUUCUUCAAUCCGCAAGUUUCUUCGAUGCAAGUUGUUCCGACGGCGAUGAGCAAGAUCAACACUCUAUUCCAAUUGUCGAUUGUUGAAUUAUCGCUGGCUUCGCCGGUUUUCGAUUUUUCCGCCCAAGUGAAUAAUGUGAUUUUUGGGCUUGGAUGUGCGACUGCGUUCACCACGAUCUAUUCGGGUCUUCAAUAUGCCAGUGGGCGUGCUUUCAAGAAAAUUGUUUAA